UGAUCACUGACAAACCGGGCAACCACAUCUCAUCAUAUUUUUGAGCUCUGAUAUUUAAAAAAAAAAUUUUUACACAGAUGAAACGUAAACAAAAAAGUUUGUUUAUUGCUUGAUGCCUUGUCAGCUUAGGUUUUAAGUUCAUGUUGUGCAGAAGAAAAGAAGAGAGGAGCGGACAGUACUUCUUAGUGAAGGUUCCGUUGACAAGAUGGCAGUCCGCUUUGAGUCCAUUCCAGUCCUGGAUGUGAAUAUUAAUAACCUCCAUCAUCUCUGGCCAUCAUUGAUGAAAGCAGUAGAGUCAGCCACAUUUAUUGCUAUAGACACAGAAUUAAGUGGCAUAGGAACCAGGAAAACUCUCAUGGCUAAGUCUGUUGAAGAUCGAUACAAAGGAACAGCAGAUAAUGCCAAAUCACGUUCAGUUGUCUCCCUUGGCCUAUCAUGUUUCCAGCUGACACAUGUUGACACAAAGCCUAGAAAACACACUAGUGACAUGUCAGAUGAUUCCUCAGUGGAUGAUGGCUCCGAGAGUUGUCAUGUGUGGAAUUUCUUAGUGCAGACCUACAAUAUCAUGGCCCUGUGUCAGGAGGAAUACAUUGUGGAGCCAGCAUCACUCAGAUUUCUAGUAGAACAUGGAUUUGACUUUAACAAGCAGUAUUCCUGUGGUGUUGGGUACUACAGGGGCAAUGACAAGGUGGAAUCUCCAUCUGAUAACAUAAGUUUAAGGUCCCUCUUUACAAAUAUAGUAAGGAGCAGUAAACCAGUGGUAUUUCACAAUGCCCUGACAGAUCUCGUGUACCUGUAUCAAAAUUUUUACGCCAACCUUCCAGCCACCAUGUCAUCAUUUAUCGCAGACCUGACCGAAAUAUUUCCUGGUGGUGUGUACGACACAAAGUACAUCACAGACUACGUCCACAGAAUGCCAGCAUCUUACUUGGAAUAUGUGUUCAGAAAAAGUCAGAGAGACAAUCUUCAGCGAUAUGAGUCAGACCAGUCUUCAGUGACCAUAAACAUCCUCCCCUACCCCCACAGUGAAACAGUUAACCAGUGUAGGUGUGGGCUUCCCCAGAAAACCCUACAGGACACUGACCCAGACCCAGAUACAUUCCAGGCCAUCAAAGAUCACAUAUGUCAGGGAUUUGCUGGUCAUGGUUGGUGUGGAAAUGGCAACAGAUGUACCAGGUCACAUGACAUUGAUCUGAUUCUAGAUCUGGACCAGCUUGUUCAGACCAAAAAGAGUCGUAAGCGAAAACGAAGAAUUCACAACCAACAGCAAGAAAAUGGAGACAACAGUGAUGAAAAGAUGGGAUCAGUCGGGAACCAGUUUACAAAGGAUCAGUUUGAAGAAUUCAUUGUGAGCCGACAUGAAAAUCGAGAGAUUUGUAAGGCAGGAUGUCAUAGAGCAGGUUUUGAUUCAUUUAUGACUGGAUUUUCAUUUGCUGUGUAUAUCUCCAAAUACGGAAACUAUAAUGAUAGUUUUUGUCUUGAUAAUUGUGGAAUGGAGGCAUUUAAGAACAAUGUGUACUUAAGUGGGAAAGAUAUGCCUUUGUCUAUCGUGAAAAGUGCUUUUUCGAAAACCUCAAAAGAUCAUAAAGAGAAAAUCAAAAGGAUCUCAGAAAAUGGAGAUAACUCAUAGAUAUGAUGACCAAUUAACAACCAGUGAAAAACAAAUAAACCAGGUCACUGACUUAUGUGAUGUUUUCCUUGCUUAGAUCUAUACAGGAAAUUUCAACUCUCCUUUAGUAUGAUUUAGCCUAUGUACUUGUACAUUGUAGGUGUAUCGCAAACUCUGAUAGAUUGGGAUGAUCAGGUCAAGCCUAUAUAUUUAUGACUGAUCAUAAGAUGUAUCUAGAUGUACAUGUAUCUAGAUAUACAUUGUCAGAUAAAUAUAUGUACUCAUAAAA